AUGGUGCAGCGGGGGUCUGAGUCUGUCCCAGUUGAUGGCCGUUUCUUAGAUGUGCUGCCUCGCAUAGAUGCAGCAAACCUGCCGCUGCUGCUGCUGAACCAGAACCAGCAGCAGCAGCAGCAGCAGCAGCAGCAGCAGCAGCAGGAGCAGCAGCAGGAGGAGGGCGUGUGUGCAGUUGAUGGCCGUUUCUUAGAUGUGCUGCCUCGCAUAGAUGCAGCAAACCUGCCGCUGCUGCUGCUGCAGCAGCAGCAGCAGCAGCAGCAGCAGCAGCAGCAGGGUGCUGGAUGGCGCAGCAUAGAUGCAGUGAAGGCGUUGCUUGCUGGGUCUCCAAAGGUGUCUCCUUCUUGGCUGCAACCCUCUCCUGCUGCUGCUGCAGCCUAG